UACAUGAAUAAUCUACAAUAAUUGUUUUCAUUUUUUAGACAACUUUUUAAGUUACAAAGACGAGUUCUUAGGGAUAUUAGUAAUCCAUUUGAAAUUCCUGACGAACUUUUUAAAGGUUUAUAUAGGCUUCCAAAACAGAUAGCCAAUAACUUAAUUCAUGAAUUAGAACCAUUCUUAAUGGAUCCACUCAGAAUUACGUCAUUUCCAAUUCAUUUGAAAGUAAAUAUGCUGAAAAUACUGAAUAAACACCUGUUAAUAAUUAUUUUAUAGGUCCUGUGUGCAUUACAUUUUUAUGCGCAUGGAAGUUAUCAAAAAAGCGUUGGGCAAGAUUUUUUACUAGGAAUGAGUCAGUCAGUGGUCAGUCGUUGUAUUGGAGAAAUUAGUAGGUUACUAUCAACACAUCUUAGUAGAAGAUAUAUUAUAUUCCCCACAACCAUAGUGGCAAAGAUAUCAGUAGCUCGUGGAUAAAUAAAGUUAUUCAAAUAUCAAUUUUAUUAUUGUUUAACUGUUCAAUGUAAAUUUUAGUUUUAUGGAAAAGUUUAAUUUCCUAGGUGUAGUGGGUUGUAUAGAUGGUACUCAUAUAGCCAUCAUUUCACCACCCAUUGAUCAUCUACAAAAUCGAGGUUUUGUACACAUAAACAGGAAAUGAUAUCAUAGUAUCAACUGCCAGAUUGUAUGUAAGUAGUUCACACUAAAUAUAUAAAGUAAUUUUUUUUAUUUUUAGAUAUGUGAUUCGAAUUUAAAAAUAAUCAAUUGUAAUGCUAGAUACCCAGGAUCCAUGCAUGAUGCAGCAAUUUGGAAUAUGUCGAAUGCAAGCAUACAUAUGGAGGAAACGUAUAAUAAUAAUGAACGAGGAUUUUGGUUGUUAGGUGAUUCUGGGUAUCCAUUACAACCAUGGCUAUUGACACCAGUAGAAGGGGCACAAGAAGGUACCCCAGAAGGUCGAUACACAUCUGCCCAUAUACAUGUAAGGAACACAAUUGAACGCUGUCAUUGUUGUUUUGAAAGCACGUUUCCGCUGCCUUUUAAAGCACCGAGUACUACAUUAAUGUCCAGUUACAGCGACAGCUAUUAUAAAUUCCUGUUGUGUUUUACACAAUAUCCUUAUUGCCCAUAAUAUAGUAGUGGAAGACGAAGACAACUACGAAGACUUAAACAGAGUUGAGGGAAAUCCUGCUGAAGAUAAUGAUGGCAAAUUUUUAACCUUGAAUAUGUACAAAGUUUUUCAUAUUAAUAAUUAUAACUCAAUUUGUUUCAGAACCUCCAAAUGCAAAUUUGCUAGGUAUAGGUCGUCGAAUAAGAAACCAACUAAUAAGAAAUUAUUUUAAUUAAAUUAUAUUUGUACACUAACUAAUCUGUUAUAAUAAAGUUUAUAAAAAUUAA